UAUAAAGAGUGACACUUACCAGCCUUGACCAUUUUGAAUGACUUUUGUGUUGGUUUGGGUUUGAAUUGGUUAUAUUGUUUUGCGGAUGUGUUGCUCAAGCAGCAGAUGUUGAGGAGAAGAAAUGAUGAAAGUUCAAGGUGCAAAGAGGGGAAGAAGGGGAAAGUACCUUAUGGAGUCUCUGAGACGAGCCAGCCACCCAGCUCAGACGGGGGGAACACUGGGGAAGGGAAGAGAGACACACACAACACCUCACCUCAAUACGGAAUACCUCACUGCGAAUGGAUAGGGGCGGGCACUGACGGCCGGCUUGCACGAACUCUGUGGACGCCCAAUGAGGGACGAGAGAUGUGGUAUUCCGUAGCCAGGAAAAUGCACAAUUCGGAAUUCCGAGGGGCAGAAGCUCGCCUCGCCUCGCCCUGUCUUCCUUCAGAGAACCGCUGGAUCGCAGCAGCACGGCAAGGUUGCUCGUCUUCUCGCCCACUGGCAUUUCCCCUAAAUCCCGAUGAAUGGACAGCAGCACACGCUGUCACGCCCAGCUUGCGCUUGGAUGGUGGGGGAAGCUGCUGCCCCGCUCCAACAUUAUCUCAUCGCCGUCAUCUUGGUCCAAGUGGGUUCGGGUUGAGCUUCAGGAGCAUCUGGUUGGCUAAUGGUCUGGCAGUUCUCCGGGAUGCUUACAAAUGAAUGGAUGGUGCAAAUGCAAUGGUGAACGGGAAGGCACUGCGACUACGGGCAUUCAACAAAGGAAGUUGCUACCCUACUGUACCUUA